CGGGGCCUGCCGCCCCCUUUCCGUCGCAGGUCCCAAGAUGGCGAUGGCCAGCGCGGUGCGUGCGGUGGGACGUCGCUCCAGGAGGCUCUUUGACAUCUUCGUGGCUGAGGUUCCGUGGACGGUGUCGAGCAAAGAGCUUAAGGAGUACUUUUCCCAGUUCGGGUCGGUGCAGAGGUGCCAGCUGCCGUUUGACAGAGAUACAGGCUUCCACAAACGUUACUGCUGGAUUAAAUUCUCGACCCCAAAAGAAGCUCAGAAUGUGUUUCAGAAGGACUGCCACAUACUUGAAGGUGCCAAGCUCACUCUCAGACCGCAGUCCCGUAGAAGACACAGUCAAAGAAAGAGUCAGGAUGACUGAACGGUGGAAGGAGGCUUUAUUUCACUAAAUGUAAGGAAACUAAAAUAAAGAUUAGUGAGAAACUA